AUGCCAGAGAAAGGUGUCCUCUUCAGUAUGAGGGAAUGGCUCAGCACAGGAAACCGGAGUGUCUGCCUUCUGAGGUCUAACCCUGGAGCCCCCAACCCUGUCUUCUGUUCACACAAUUCCAGUCUCACCCUGCUAGAGCCCAACAGUUUGAAACUCACACCACCUUCCAGAGCUCUGAAAUCACCGUGGGAUCACGACUUUUUUAUUCAUGAUGGCGUCAUAGACAACACAGCCCCAGACUUCAUAGCAUUCAAGUCACAUUUUAUUUUAUCCUGGGGAAGUAUUCUCUCUCUCUUGGAACACAUCGAGAAGUUCCUCAGGGAAUAUGCAAUACCGGAAGUCAAAAUCAAAGGGAACAGUUUGGUAGACCUCCUUCCAGAGUUUGAGCUGAAGAAUAAACUUACCAGAAAUGACCUCCUCUCAGUGGUAGAGAACCCUCUUCCCAUCCAAAAGAUGUUAACUGUUCCUGGCCAGAGAUACAAAGGGCAAGGUGGGAAGUUAAAUGCUGCCAGCAAGAUCCAAGCCACAUGGAAAUGCUACAAAGCAAGAAAAUACUUCCACGUUUUCCGCCAGCAGAAGUGGGCGUCGGGUGUGAUUGCCAUCGCGUGGCUCUUACAUUGCCAUAAGACACGACUGAUGAAGAUCCUGAAGGAGUCACGUGAGAGACACCUGCAGAAUUUCCGCAUUCGAGCCAAGCAUCUGGCAGCCAACUGGAAUCGCAUCAGGACCUCCAGGAGGACUAUUAUCCAUAUCCCAUCAUUAGGUUAUACCCAGCCUGUGCGACAAAAUAUUGACAACUUCGACACUCAACAGAACAUGCAGUUGGGGCGGCUGUGUGACAUCAUAGAUGCCAAUGUAAGCGUCAUCUACAUCUGCUCCCAUCAAAUGAAUGAAGAGUUACUUCUGUAUUACCAUAAAAUCCUGAGUCUACAGGCAGCUGUCAAAUCGGGGGACCUUGAGGACAGAAGUGACCUGCAGGACAGGUUCAAAAUUAUCACCCCUGAAGCUAUAAAGAUCUUCACUAAGCAACAUAUGUGCCUGGCGACUCACCUGAAGUACAGUCCCAAAGCAAUCAAAAGAAUAAAAAAUCUCAUCAGUGGACGAGAUGCCUACAUUGUCAGCGGGUUCCUCCACAAAGAUGAUCUGGCCGUGGCAGAUAUGUUAGACGUACCCAUCCUGGGUCCAGAGCCUGAAAUAACUCAUCUUUAUAGCACCAAGUCUGGAAGUAAACAGAUGUUUGCCAGCGCCAAUGUGCCGUUCCCUCCUGGAAUAUCUGACAUCUUUAGUCACCAGCAGAUGAUAGAACAGCUGACUCAGCUGAUCCUCGAUUACCCGGAAAUCCAACGCUGGCUCUUUAAAAUGGACUAUGAAUUUGGAGGAAAUGGGACUGCGUUUUGUGACAUUCUUUCCCACCUCCAGUGCCGUGACUGGCUCCUAAUGGAGUAUAACAAAUACAGCCGUGAAGACUGGCGCAAGAAAUGGGCACAGGAGCCAGCUUUGAUGAAGAUCUCCGAGGAGCUGGCGGGCCUUUUAGCACAGCACGCUCAGCCAGUCAAUGAGAAACGCUUCCCCACGUGGAGGAAAUUCCUCUCCACACUUCUCAGUCAAGGAGGUGUGGUCGAAGCAUACCCACCUGUGGAAAGUGUCACCAACCUGACGGUGGACAUGCUCAUAGAGCCCAACGGAGAAAUCAGAGUGCUGUCCACGGGGGACCAGUUGCAUGCAGAGGGCCCCUUCAUCUCCUCCGGUACCACCAUGCCUCAGGCCUCAGUGAAUUCCCAAGUUCUCAUUUCUUUGUGCCUCCAAAUUGGAAAAGCUUGUAAACUGAGAAAUGUGGUCGGUUACUUUUCUAUAGACCUGGUGACCUUUAUUGACCCAAGCACCAUGGAACAGAAGGUGUGGGCAACAGGCCUCGACCUGGCGUACAGCGACCAGCUGGCCAUGACUCAGCUCGCCUUGUACCUGACCAACGGCCACCUGGACUGCAGUAUUAGCACCCUGACAGUGCCCCCGCGCCCUCCCAAGGAAGAGAAGAAGAGCCACCUGACUACCCUGUCCGUGCCGAUGAAGGCAACCCAUCGCUACGCAGUGAUGACCACCCAGCUGAAGCACAACAAUAUGUCGCUGAUUUUCCCCUAUGUUUUUCUCCAGAUGUGUAAGGCCCAUGGCAUCGGCUAUGACAUUGAGGACAGACAAGGAACUGUUUUCAUAUUAUAUGAACACUUGAAGAGAAACAAGUUGGGAAUGUUAACAAUCGGUGAGGAUCUCCAGGGGGUCCUCAUGACCUUUGCUCGCAAUCUCUUCGUCAUCCAUCAAGAAAUAUCAGCACCUAAUAUGCAAGGCGAGACCAAUUUUAAGGCCAUCAUUGCUGAGGUUGAAGUCAUUCUGGGAGUAACAGAGGAAAACAAAAAGCGAUUUGAAGAAGAGCUACAAUCUAAAGAUGAUAAGAAAAAUACCUCUCUGAGCCUGAUAUGUCUAUGA